CUCUGUUCGGCUUUCCAGACGGAGCUGCACUGUGCAGGACCACUGACACAGCUUAUUUGAAAAGGACACAUAUACACAUUCACACACGCAAACAACACUGUCCCUCCCACAGGCCUUUCACCAUAUUUCCUGUGUAAUCUAACAAGAGCCUUUGAAAAACAUGCACUUCAACUGUUAGAGUAUGUGAUGACCAGUCACUCACGGUGCUGUGAGAAUGAGAUCUCUCUUGCUGAUAGGCAUUGUGGGAUUAUGUAUCCUAACAACUGUGAUUUCCCUGAAAAUUUGUGCCUUUAAUGUCCAAAGCUUUGGAGAAGCAAAAGCCAACAACAAAAAAGUGAUGAGGAUUUUGACAAAGAUAUUUUCCCGCUGUGAUCUCACUUUGAUCCAGGAAGUGCGAGACUCCAAAGGUAAAGCCAUUCCUGCACUGCUUAAGAACCUAAACAGGUUUGAAAAAAACAAUGUGUACUCUCAUUUAGAGAGUCAAAGACUGGGAAAGAACACAUACAAAGAGCAGUAUGUUUAUAUUUAUAGGAAAGAUGUAUUGCAGGUCCAGGAGCAAGCCUAUUAUCACGAACUGAAACAGUCAGAGCUCAAUGACACAGAAAUGUUCUCUAGAGAACCAUUCAUCAUAAGGAUCCACUCACCCACAACCUAUGUAAAAAACUUUAUUAUCAUUGGUCAUCACUCAUGUCCAAAGAAAGCCAUGAAUGAGAUGGAAGAACUUUUUGAAGUCUUUCAAGCUGUCAGAAAGAAGUGGAAAACUGAGGCCUGAAGAAACUAAGACUAAGAAAUGACCCAAAGUAUCUCUGGUUGAUUACUGAUGAACAGGACACCACUGUUCGUGACAAAACACACUGUGCUUAUG